AUGAGUUCAUCAACAACAGCAAGUGGAAUCAAUUCUUCCACAUCAUCUCGAAAUACAUCUCGAUUAAGUGCAACUUCAUCCGAACAAUUAUCUAUGGCUUUUAUAAAACGAGCUCUUACACCAAAAGCAACUUGGACACAUAAGGAAGAAUUUCUUGAUGCUGUUUAUUGGCUUCGACAAGUGUUAGGCAUUAUUAUUGGUACAAUCCUUGGUCUAUUGUCUGUGAAAGGUUUUAUGGGUAUUCUUAUGUCAGUAUUAUUUAUUUUCUAUUUACGAAAAUUUAAUGAUCAAAUGAAUUAUUUUAGAUUUGCUAUAAUUAGUUCAUUGAUUGUUUUUAUCUAUGCAACAAAUGUGCAAAAUGUUGAUCCAGAAGAAUAUGGUGGCAUUGUUGAAAUAAUAAAAGAAGGUUUUAUGACUGCUUUCGCAACAUUUCUUGUUUCUUGGAUUGUACUCUAUUCAGCGUUUUAUAUUCCAAAGUCAACUAUACCUACAAUAUAA